AUGUUCUUACCCAAUAAUCUGCUUUUAAUUCUGGUGGUUUUUGGCUCCAGUGUCAAAUCCUUUAAUUACACCAACUGUGACCAGGCGAAGCAACCGAAAUUCAUGAGCUCCUGCUGUGAUGUCCAAAAAAAUGAUAGGGCAAUCAAAGCCUGUCGAAAGUCCUUGCUGACCAACAACUCAACCACCACAAAUAAUGGGGAAACGCGAAAUCUUAAAACGGAUAAAGUAGCCCUGCAUGCAUGCAUUGCGGAGUGUUCCUUUAAGACCAAUGGCUUUUUGCUAACCAAUGGAAGCGUCAACGUAGAAGAAUUAAAGAAAAGCUACCAGCAACGCUACAAAAACGAUCAAACCAUGACACAACUGAUGGUGAGGAGCCUAAGUAGCUGUACGGAUUACGCGCAGAAGAAGGCUCAGCAAUUUCAAUGGUUGCACACAAAGGGUGAAUGCAACUACUAUCCUGCCACCUUGUUGGCCUGCAUUAUGGAGCAGGUAUACGUCAACUGCCCGAGCACCAAAUGGAAGAACACCAACGAUUGCACAGCGAUGCGGAAAUAUUUGAUUGCCUGUGAUGACGUCGAGGGCAACCGGAAAUAA